ACGUCAAUCAGAGUCAAGAUAUAUAAACUGUAGGAAAUUAGAUCAAGACAGUUUAUGACAGAUCUAUCUUAGUGCCCGUUUACGUCUUAUUAGGAACAGUGAAAUGGAGGAACUCGACCAAACCCAGUUACAAAUGCUGAAGAAGGCGUUUGAUACCUUCGACCAUGAAAAAAAGGGACAGAUAAGCACGGACAUGAUUGGUACCAUUUUGGAUAUGCUGGGUCACGAAUUGGAUGACGGCACGCUUGUAGAAAUUAUACAGGAGUAUGAUCAAGAUGGCACUGGUGUUUUGGAGUUCAAACAAUUCUGCUCAUUAGCAGCAAGGUUUUUGACUGAGGAAUUAGACGAUGAAGCCAUGCUUGCAGAACUUAGAGAAGCUUUCAGAUUAUAUGACAGAGAAGGCAACGGUUACAUAACAACGGAUGUAUUGAAAGAAAUCUUCAAGGAAUUGGAUAACACUCUGUCAAACGAUGACUUAGAACAGAUGAUCACAGAGAUUGAUUCUGACGGAUCAGGCACCGUUGAUUUUGAUGAAUUUCUGGAAGUAAUGACUGGAGAAUAGUUGUCUGUCGAAUCACGCUCUUUGUGCAAUGUUACUGUAAUAAGACUUUAUUUUAAGUUUUUAUAUAUUAAGAGGAACACGUAUUAUUAAGUAUAUAAUAAAUAAUACCUAAUAUU